AUGCCACCGCCUCCACCGAUACCCGAGCAAUUCAACAAUAUGGCUAAUAGCACACCCGGUUCGAUGCUCUCUGCAUCUGCUCCCUUGUCUACUAGCCAAGUCAUCGCUCUUGCCAGAGAAGCGAUGGAUAGUGCUCUACAAGAGAAUGAGACACAAGCAGCCGAAGCCAGUGGUGUUAGCACUGAUCUCAAGCCUGGCGUCACCAUUGAUCUCAGUCGAAAGAAUAUUCAAGCUUUGCCAGAGGAAGUGGUAGACAUAAUAAAGAAUGAGCUGGAGCGGUUGGCACUAUCGCACAACAAACUAUCAUCUUUACCCUCUAGAUUCUCAGAGUGCACACACCUACGCUAUCUCAACCUAAGGGCCAACCAGAUCAGAGAAUUCCCACCAUCGUUAUGCGAUAUCAAGUCACUCGAAAUUUUAGACAUGGGAAGAAACAAGAUCCGCGUCCUCCCUCCAGAGAUUGCGAAAUUGACCUCCCUUAAGGUGCUUGCAUUGCAGAAGAAUCGAAUACAGGAGCUUCCUCUCUGCUUGGCUGACAUGAUCUCGUUGCAAAUGCUGAGACUGGACGGUAAUAACAUAACCUUCCCGCCAAAGGAAGUGUUGCAGGUUCAAGCCAGUAGCCCCCCUAACGAGGGCUUCUUGGAGAAGAGUGAAAUAACUGAACUCACUGCUACGGCACAUAUCAAGAAAUAUCUGAAGCUAAAGGCCCAGAGUCUGAACGGGAGAGAGAAAGAGGGUGAAAAUGGCGGAGAUGAACUAAGCGAUGGAACUGAAACGCCUCGUAUGCCAGUCAGAAGGAAUGUUAGCGGUCGAUUCCCAGUCCGAGUAAAUGGUAGCGAUGUGUCGGAUCUACGAUCCCCGGCCGUACUCCGACCGCCGCCUAUACCAUCCAGGUCACAUGCUCGGGGGCUCUCACAGCAGAACUCAGCCACGGCUAUGCGCAAGCCUGGCGUUAUGCCUCUCACCAUCGGCAACCCUAACGAGAGGUUACGCUCUAAUAGUGAAACUCUGUUACAGGCGUCAAGGGCGGAGCGUCCAUCUGAGCGAAACAGGCGUAUGGGUAUCGUAUCUAGAAAACCUUCAGAGCUCGGGACCCUAGACGAAGGUCAGGCGAACAACAGGUUUAGCCACUACCGGGGAUUAAGCCACGGCUCAUCGAUGACAGGUAAUCCAAAUCCGAAUGCUACCUCGGCGGUUAGCCCGAACAGCCCAGCCGAGCCGCUGCUUCAACGACCAAACUACGUCCGGCGGCUCUCCGUCUUGCCAGAGCAGAGGCGAGAGUCGAAAGUUUUCGACCCCAUCAUCGAAUCUGCUAAGGGCAUCCUAUAUGCAAUAUUCCAAAUCCAUCCGAUGAUACAACUCUUCACGAGAUUAACCAACGACGGCACAUCUAAGCGAUCUAGUCUCGAGAUUGUGUUUUACAACACUAAUUUCCACAUCGAGGAGCUUGAACAGGAGAUUACAAAACACGAAUACGCUACAGAAAAUGGGCCAUACACACUGCGUGAGAACGAAAAUGUGCAGAGAGCCGUCCUGACUUUAAUUAACGCUUAUAGUCAUAUUUGCUCACUGCUAAUGAACAACAUGAAUACGAUCGUGGAUAACGGGGAUCCUCGUUACAUCCGUACCAUGAUGAUGCUACUAUAUCACAGCAUAAUGGAGCUUCGCAUUACUGCCAACGAGAUAUCCGGGGGCACCUACGAGCCGGCGCGCAGCCGGAGCCGAAGAUACAAUCCAGCAAUUGGAGACACCAUUCGAGCUCAUUCGCGAGAAAGCUCAGCAACACCUACUAUAGAGCGCCCUGGCCGAGGUCGAAGCCCGGGUCCAGGUGCAGGUCCUCGUCCAGGCCGAAGUCCGGGUCCGGGUUCACGUCCAGGUAGCCGACCACGCCCUGGAGCAUUCGUCCAUCAUCCUAGCAGCCUCCGGGUGACGACAGACAUGUCCGUUCCGUAUAUCAAUGGCACGGGGCGUAUGGCCCAAAUCACAUCCGCAACACCUCGGUCAGGGGAAUCGUUCGCCUCGUCCAAUCCAGACUUGAGGUAUCCUACCGACUUUACUGCAGACGAACGUUUAUUUGAGAGAAUAUAUCUAUCGUUGCAAAAGUCAUCGGAUUUGGUUAUGCGGAUCCUUCCAAACAUCAACCAGCAGUUUGUUAUGUACAGACGCGGUGCGGAACAUCAACGAGCCCCAGAUCGUAUAGUACGCUGCUGGAAAGGUCUAGUCGCUAAAUGUUCGAUCGCUAUCGCUGAUACGGAGCGUUUAAAGGAAAGGCUAUCCCUGGUCAAAUUGAAGGACCCUAAUGUCAGGACGGAUCCCCUUUUCUGGACUCUUUGCAAAGGCUUCAUCGAUUCCUGGGCCGAGUUUGGGAGUAGGCUUAAGUCGUCUAUGGAUCAGAUAUCUUUUCCGCUUGAUAUUCGGACUAGGUUACGACCCAUCCAAAUAGGCAUCAAGGAGACGAACCAGCUUAUCAUGACUUCCCCGUGGGUGUAUCUUCUUCGGCAUGCUGGUAAUAUCACAGACGGACCCAACCACUACUCUCCUAACCAUUACACGUCUAGCUCGGGGAAUACUCCAAUACAGAUGCCGAUGACACCACAAAGUGCCGCUCUUGGACCAGCUGUCCAAGCAACGGUACCGUCGACGCCACAAAAUGCAUCCUUCGCCAGUGCGUUCAGUGGGAAUGUUUUUGAACGGGCCGACGCGUUGAUAUCCAUGGGAGGGCUAUCCAUGUCCCGUACUGGGACUAUGAAUAGCGCCACUACAUCUCUCAACUCUUCGUUCUCUUCCACGAGUUCGGUACAAGACGAUCGCCAGGGCAUGUCGAGCAUGCUGAGCCCCAAUGGGAGCACUGGCUCCAUGAAUUCUUAUCGUCUGAACGGAGGUAGUAAGCCCUCAUUCUAG